AUGGCCUCGCGCGUCAACCUCGGGCCGCUCACGACGACCUUCACGCCGCCGGCGUCGUGCAGCACCGCCGUCCUCGGCUGCACGAGCUGCACCGACGGCUGGCUCGCCCAGAGCUGCGGCGUCAACACGUACAACUCGCAGGGCGUCCGCGACGCCGCCGCCUGCUGGCCGCCGCCGCGCGCGGACACGGUCGAGACGGGCGUCGCCUUCAACGGCUGGGGGUUCUACUCGCCCGGCCUCCACUGCCCCGUCGGCUACACGACGGCCUGCUCGGCGACGGCCGGCGUCGGCGGCGGCUUCAUGUUCCAGUUCCCGCUGGUGCCGGGCGAGACGGCGUACGGGUGCUGUCCGACCGGAUACACCUGCCGCUACGACCCGGCCGUCGACAACGGCCAGACGUGCCUGAGCACGGCCACCUCGGGCACGAUCCCCAUCAAGAGCUGCUCGAGCGCCCGCGACGUCAGCAGCCCGGCCAUGACCCUGCCCGCGACCUUCCCGAACCCCGUCACGACCGACAACCGCGCCGCCGCCGUCGUCAGCGAGGUCACGCUGCGCGCGCCGCUCUUCCAGCUGCAGGUCCAGGCCUCUUCCUCCUCCUCCUCCUCCUCCUCCAGCGCCGCCACCUCGUCCGGGACCCCGGGCCCGACCCAGACGGGCGCCGCGCCGCCGCCGACGGGCCUCUCGACGGGCGCGGCGGCGGGCGUGGGCGUGGCCUGCGGGCU